GAAGAGAUUGCAGCAGAGGGUGAGAGUGGUGCCGCAGAGCAGAAGCACACCGCCUCCCCAUAGGCAGUAGGCCGAAGGAGUUGAAGAGUUUCCACUACGCCCUGUGUGCACACAACAGACACGGAGGGGUUAAAUGCGAUUUAACUCCGGCUAUAACUGGUUCCUGGGCGCCCCUCGCCGAUCCCAGAAUCGUGCAAAACCUUCGGAGGUCCGGGGACGUGAAAGCCCCGGUUGCCGGGGUUUGCGCUAGAGCUUCUGUUUCACCGUUUAUAUUACUGACUCCUCGAAACUCUCAGCGCCAGGGGUCGGGCGCACAGACCCUGGGGUGCCUGCUCCGCCACUCUCUCUGCUGCAGCUGUUUUUCUCUCGCUGCAUGUUUAGGACCCAGAGUUAAACGAGAGGAGGAGCCUUCGCUGCAGUGAGCUUGAGCCCAGCCUGUUUACCAAAGGAGAAAAUAACAAGACAUCUGCCAACUGCAAAGCAGGGGCCGAGGCCAAAGCGGAGCGAGACAGGGAGCAGCGUUCCCAGAUUGCUGAGACUUCCACGGCUACUUCUUCAGCCUUUGCUGGUGCCCGGUUGGAUCAAGGAUGCUGGACGGGGUGCAAGCUUUGCUUCUCAGCGCCGCGCUGCUAACAGCAGCGUCUGCCACCGAAGUCUCCGAGGAUCACAGCAACUGCCGGAACCCCGACGGCGAUGCGGCCCCCUGGUGCUACGUGAGCGGCGAGGCCGGCAUCCCGGAGCGGAGCCCCUGCGACAUCGCCCCCUGUCCAGGUGUUACCUCCUCCACAGAGACUCUGGUCCCUACAGUUGCGGCUGAGGUAUCUCCGGGGAUAGACCAGGUAUUUGAACCAGCUGAUACUUUACCAGCCCGGAGCGAGGCAGCUGCGGUGCAGCCCGUCAUUGGGAUCAGUCAGAGAGUCCGGAUGAACUCCAAGGAAAAGAAGGACUUGGGAACAUUAGGCUAUGUGAUGGCCUUAAUCAUGAUGGUGAUAAUCAUUGCCAUUGGAGCUGGCAUUGUUGUGGGCUACAUCUACAAAAGGGCCAAAGACUUGAAGGAGCAGCACGAGCAGAACGUUUAUGAGCGGGAAAUGCAGCGCAUCACCCUUCCACUUUCUGCCUUCACGAACCAGGCCUGUGAGCUUGUGGAUGAGAACACGAUAGAAGUGCACACCAACCAGACCCCUGUGGAGGAGGCACAUGAUGGCAAUGCACCUCUCAUAGGCCAGGCAGGUACUCCUGGUGCCUGAGGAGCUAGGGUCAGGAGAGGCACAGGUUGAAAUGAUUGAGGCUAAGACCCCAGUCUCUUGUUUUGGGAGUGGGGGGUUCAUUUGUAUUUUUUUGUUGAUGAAUUCCAGCAAAUGACAGGACUUGGAGAUGCACUGAAAUGGGGCGGUUCAUUGUGUGGCUAGCAGGACUUGUUCCACCUGGGGACUGGUGCAACCCCUUUCAUCUCCAGGCAUUACUACAGCAGUGGAGGGGGAGUGGUUUCCCAAGCUAGCAAUGUGCCAGUGUAGCCCCACACUUCAGAAUGGGAACUCUCAACAUCCUCUUUUUCUGUUCCCUUCCCUUUUGACAAGUGUUAGAUGCAUUUCAGCCUGUAAGCUGAUGCAGCAGCAGUAUCAGACAGGGGGGAGCUUUACAGCAGGGUUAUGUAGACUAUGAAUGUAGUUUUACAUUUUACUUUAAUAGGAGAAAAGCUGUCUUGGGCAAAUUUCUUUUAGAGAAGGGGAAGAGUCAACUGCCAACUAUCAGUAUGGGCAAGUGAAGAGCUCGGUUUCAGCUGGGAGACAGAAGGUUUUGGUUAAAGGGGAGGGAGAUGGUUAGCCCCAAUGCAUUGCUUAAGAGAUCUCGCUCCAGCUGCUCAUAAAGCAAAGUCUUCCAGUGCCCAGGACCCAUUCCCACUCUCCUUGGCUGGUACAACAGGAGCCUGGUUCCAGAGCAUCGAGCUGGGCUGUCUGCUAGGGCAGGAGAGGAGCAGGAGUAUUUCAAAAGUGGAGGGAAGGUAGACAACCCCUCACUCAGCUUCAGGGAGAGUGGCCAAGUACUCUUUGCUGCUUAAAGGGAUAGUAGCCAUUUCUGAAUUCCUUUCAGACUUUCCCCAGGGAGGUGUAUUUCCAGCAACCAAGAGUUUAAACCAGUCCUAGGGUGAAUGCAACUGGAAAGAUAAAACAGCUGCCCUAUUGCAGGGACAUCAAGGCCUGGUGCAUGCUGUUCUGUGUCCCUUGCAGAGGCUGCAGGAGAGGUCACACUGCAGGGGUUGUUUAUCCAAACUGGCCCAUCUAGAUAAAGAUUUUAGGGCACGUAUAUGAGCAAGAAGCACUUGGUUCUCAGAGUGGGGUGGUUCAUAAUCUGUGUAGGACUAAUUCAGAGAAAUGCACAUCCCCAUCUUUGCAGCAGGGUUCAAGCCAUCCAAAUAAGGUUUUCUACCCAUCUACUUUAAGGAGAUUUAUGGAGUAGAGAUUAAGUGUUGAUGUUUAAGAUGGUACAGAAAAGGGAAAAUGUUUUUUUAAAAGCCUUUGAAUACCAUUUCUUUGUAAAUAUUUUAAAUACCUCAUAAUAAAAUAAAGAUGCAGAUCGUGCUACCUUGUAUUAAAGCUUAAAAA